GCCUCAGGGUCAGGAGUUAGGGGUUAGGGGGCGGGGUGAGGCACCGAGUGGAAGCUAGAGGAAACGCCAUGGCCCGGGUGCUGGUUGUGGGCGCGGGGCUCACAGGCGGCCUGUGCGCAGCGCUGCUGAAGCAGAAAUACUCCGUGAGCGUGACGGUGUGGGAGCAGGCGCGUGGCUUAGGGGGAAGAAUGAACACGUCCUGCAGCACCCACAACCCACAGUGCACGGCGGACCUGGGUGCCCAGUACAUCACUUGCACGCCCAGCAGCUAUGCCCAGCGCCAUGAGAGUUUUUAUGAGGAGCUCUUAGCACAAGGUGUUCUGAAGCCCCUCACCUCUCCCAUAGAAGGACUAGUGGUGAAAGAAGAGGAUCGUCACUUCGUGGCACCUCAAGGAAUCUCUUCAAUCGUCAGACACUAUUUUAAAAAAUCAGGUGUGGAAGUCUCAUUUGGCCACUGCGUAACAGAAAUCUACCUUAAAGAUGACAAGUGGGAAGUCUGCAAGGAGGUGGGAGAUUCUGAGCAGUUUGACAUCAUCAUCCUCACAAUGCCCAUCCCCCAGAUCCUUCAACUCCAGGGCGACAUCAAAAACCUGAUUAGUGAAAGUCAGAAGCAACAACUGACGUCCGUGCGCUAUUCCUGCCGCUUCGCUUUGGGCCUCUUCUAUGACACUGGCACGCAGAUCGACGUCCCCUGGGCCGCGCAGUACCUCCCCAGCAACCCCUGCGUGCGCUUCCUCUCCAUCGACAACAGGAAGCGAGACACAGAUGCCGCGAACACUGGCCCCUCUGUGGUUGUCCACAGCACAGUCUCCUUUGGAAAGGAGAACGCGGAAAAAAGCAUCGAGGCUGUCCAGGAAGUGAUUCUGCAGCAAGUGAGGAGCCUCCUACCAGGCCUGCCCCCGCCAGCCAGCACCACGUGCCACAGGUGGACUUACUCACAGGUGACCCAGGCCAUCCCUGACUGCCCAGGACAAAUGACUCUUCACCACAGGCCCCUGCUCAUGUGUGGAGGGGAUGGUUUCACGUGGUCCGACUUUGGUGGGUGCCUGGAAUCUGCUCUGUGCAUCAUGGAGGCCCUGCAGCCUCACCUCUAGUGCCCGAUUCACUUGGCCUUUGGCUUCUCCAAGAGAUCUGAGCCCAUCUUGGUUUCUCAGAAUUUGUUCUUUUUUGACUGAAUGAAAUUCCAGGAACGUGGUCCUGCUUUUGCCAACUUCCCAUUUGCCGAAUUGAAUAGGAGAUGGCGUAAGGAUGUUGUAGAGGAGCUCCCCCAUCUUUUAGAUUUCAUCACGCCUGUCGGUGACCGCGCGCCCGAGGGAAACAGAGGCCUCGGAGCAGGCCACGUCCCUUAAAGCCAAGGGCUCAUCUGGAACGGGAAGAAGGAAAUCCUCAGCAGGCAUUCCUGCUGCUCCCAGACGAGCUCUUUGCAACAAUCCAGUUUAGAAGUCACUGAGGCCCCCGUCUGUGCCCACUUGGGCAGAGGUUUUGGUUGCUUUUCUUACCCAGUCUGACACGCUAUUACUCAGCAAGCCUGUUUGGGGUGGAGGCAGAGAAGCCUUUCUUACUUGUCUUUCUGAGACUCAGUUUGAGACUUUAGGUCAAAAUGCCACAACUGUUUCUUUGGCUCCUGGGAAGACCAAUAAACACGCUGAAUUUUAGUUUAGUUCUUCGAGUCUCACCAAAAAAUUUAGCCCAGGAAAUAAUCAAACUUGACUAUAAAAUAAAAAACACUAAAAGAAAA